AUGAGCUACAAACGGUAUGAAUUCUGGAUAUUGUACCUAGCGGUUUUCAUUUCGGUUGGGUACGCAAGAGCACCAGCUAAAAUUGUCGGUGGCAAGUACGUCCGACGGAGGGAGUGCCCACAUGCAGUUGGACUUCUUACUCCCAAAGGCGAUGGCUGCGGAGGAAGUAUUCUGGACAAAAGCCACAUUCUGACAGCAGCGCACUGUGUCACAAGGGAAAAUGAACGAUUUCGCUCCGGUUUUCAGAUAAUCACCAACACCACUCAUUGGUUGUACAGGUUCAAUGUCUUCCAGGUCUCCAAAAUUAUUGUUCCUAAAGAUUUCAGAAGCGGUCAACAUAACAAUAUCUGUAAUUUGGCGGACAUCGCUGUGGUCAAGUUGGUUGGGGAAAUGCCUUUGGACUUGAUGCCUGAUUCCCAGCCAAUCAGUCUUCCAGAUAAAAGUACCGAGGCUGAUACCAGUGCAACGAUAUGCGGUUGGGGAAGAGUCCGUCCAAAUGCUCUGGAGCUGUCAGCAAAGCUGAAAAAACUGAGAACGAGGACUAUCGGACUAGCUGAAUGCCAAAGACUUCUACCCAAUCACGUCCACGCUAAGCACAUCUGUGCUGUCAACGACGUCGGUCAGGGUAUAUGUUAUGGAGAUAGUGGUGCUUCUCUGGUUCACGGAAAUCAAGCAAUCGGUAUUGCUUCCUGGGGCCGAAAUUGUUCUGAUGGAACUCCACAGGUCUUCACAAAUGUUUACAAAUAUAAAGACUGGAUUCGAAAGGCUAUAGCCUGGAGUGAUAAAUCCACUGAUAAUCCCAGUGGGCAACUAAUUUUUCUCUAA